AGCCUCUCUGGGUGACCUGUUGUGUCUGCCUGGAUCUGUGUGAAUUCUGCCGAGAUGCCUGAGCCAGGGAAGAAGCCAGUCUCAGCCUUCAGCAAGAAGCCUCGGUCAGUGGAGGUGACAAUGGGCAGCCCUGCUGUGUUCGAGGCAGAGACAGAGAAGGCGGGAGUGAAGGUGCGUUGGCAGCGGGCAGGUGUGGACCUCAGCACCAGCAACAAAUACUGCCUGGCCACCCAGGGCAGCCGGCACACGCUGACCGUGCGGGACGUGGGUCUGGCAGACCAGGGCUCCUAUGCCGUCAUCGCAGGCUCCUCCAAGGUCAAGUUUGACCUCAAGGUCACAGAGGCAGAGAAGGCAGAGCCUGUGCCAGACCAGACUCCCACCCCAGCAGUGACUCCUGGGACUCCAGGAACCUCUGAAGCACCCACAGCCCCUGCAGAAGCUGUGCCUUCAGCCGCUGAGCAGGAAGGAGGUUCCCCAAAUCUUGAAGGCUCCAGUUCCACAGCCCUGGAUGGGCCUGGGAGCUCUGAUGACCCCAUCGGACUCUUUGUGACACGGCCACAGGAUGGCGAGGUGACCGUGGGGGGCAGCAUCACCUUUUCGGCACGCGUGGCAGGGGCCAGCCUUCUGAAGCCCCCGGUGGUCAAGUGGUUCAAGGGCAAGUGGGUGGACCUGAGCAGCAAGGCGGGCCAGCACCUGCAGCUGCGAGACAGCUACGACAGAACCAGCAAGGUCUACCUCUUUGAGCUGCAUAUCACAGAUGCCCAGGCCACCUCUGCUGGUGGCUACCGCUGUGAGGUGUCCACCAAGGACAAGUUUGACAGCUGCAACUUCAACCUCACUGUUCAUGAGGCCAUCGGCCCCGGCGACCUGGACAUCCGAUCAGCUUUCCGCCGCACGAGCUUGACUGGAGGCAGCCGGCGUACCAGUGACAGCCAUGAGGACUCAGGGACUCUGGACUUCAGCUCACUGCUAAAGAAGAGCAGCAGUUUCCGGAUGCCACGGGAUGCGAAGCUGGAGGCCCCGGUGGAGGAGGACGUGUGGGAGAUCCUGCGCCAGGCACCGCCAUCCGAAUAUGAGCGCAUCGCCUUCCAGCACGGAGUCACAGACCUGCGCGGCAUGCUCAGGCGGCUCAAGGGCAUCAAGCGCGACGAGAAGAAGAGCACAGCCUUUCAGAAGAAGCUGCAGCCGGCCUACCAGGUGAACAAGGGCCAUAAGAUCAGGCUGACUGUGGAGCUGGCAGACCCUGACGCCGAGGUCAAGUGGCUGAAAAAUGGACAGGAGAUCCAGAAGAGUGGCAGCAAGUACAUCUUUGAGUCCUCAGGCAACAAGCGCAUGCUGACCAUUAGCCAGUGCUCACUGGCCGAUGACGCGGCCUACCAAUGCGUGGUGGGCGGAGAGAAAUGCAGCACUGAACUCUUUGUCAAAGAGCCCCCCGUCCUGAUCACAAGGCCCCUGGAGGACCAGCUGGUGAUGGUGGGACAGCGGGUGGAGUUUGAGUGUGAGGUGUCAGAGGAGGGGGCCCCGGUGAAAUGGCUGAAGGAUGGUGUGGAGCUGACUCGGGAGGAGACGUUCAAAUACCGCUUUAAGAAGGACGGCCGCAGGUACCACCUGAUCAUCAAUGAGGCGACGCUGGAGGACGCGGGCCACUAUGCGCUGCACACCAGCGGAGGCCAGGCGCUUGCCGAGCUCAUCGUGCAAGAGAAGAAGCUGGAAGUGUACCAGAGCAUUGCAGACCUGACCGUGGGUGCCAAAGACCAGGCUGUGUUCAAGUGUGAGGUGUCGGAUGAGAACGUGAGGGGCGUGUGGCUGAAGAACGGGAAGGAGCUGGUGCCUGACAGCCGCAUAAAGGUGUCCCAUAUCGGGCGGGUCCACAAGCUGAUCAUUGAUGACGUCACACCUGCGGACGAGGCCGACUACAGCUUCGUGCCUGAGGGCUUUGCCUGCAACCUGUCAGCCAAGCUUCACUUCAUGGAGGUCAAGAUUGACUUUGUACCCAGGCAGGAACCUCCUAAGAUCCACCUGGACUGCCCAGGCCGCACCCCGGACACCAUUGUGGUGGUGGCUGGGAACAAGCUCCGCCUGGACGUCCCCAUCUCUGGGGACCCAGCUCCCACUGUGAUCUGGCAGAAGAUGAUCUCACAGGGGAAUAAGGCCCCUGCUGGGCCAGCCCUGGAAGCCCCAGAUGAUGCAGCCGCCAGUGACGAGUGGGUGUUUGAUAAGAAGGUGCUGUGCGAGACGGAGGGCCGGGUCCGUGUGGAGACCACCAAGGACCGAAGCAUCUUCACGGUUGAGGGGGCGGAGAAGGAAGAUGAGGGCGUGUACAUCGUCACAGUGAAGAACCCUGUGGGCGAGGACCAGGUCAACCUCACAGUCAAGGUUAUCGACGUGCCGGAUGCCCCUGCGGCCCCCAAGAUCAGCAACGUGGGCGAGGACUCCUGCAUGGUGCAGUGGGAGCCCCCGGCCUAUGAUGGGGGACAGCCUGUCCUGGGCUACAUCCUGGAGCGCAAGAAGAAGAAGAGCUACCGCUGGAUGCGGCUGAACUUUGACCUCCUGCGGGAGCUGAGGCACGAGGCCAGGCGCAUGAUCGAGGGCGUGGUGUAUGAGAUGCGCGUCUAUGCGGUCAAUGCCAUUGGCAUGUCCAGGCCCAGCCCGGCCUCCCAGCCCUUCAUGCCCAUCGGCCCCCCCAGUGAGCCCACCCAUCUGGCAGUGGAAGAUGUGUCUGACACUACCGUCUCCCUCAAAUGGCGGGCCCCGGAGCGCAUGGGGGCUGGCGGCUUAGAUGGCUACAGCGUGGAGUACUGCCAGGAGGGCGGCUCCGAGUGGGUGGCAGCCCUGCAGGGCCUGACCGACCACACCUCCCUGCUGGUGAAGGACCUACCCACGGGCGCACGGCUGCUCUUCCGUGUGCAGGCCCACAAUAUGGCGGGUCCCGGUGCCCCUGCCACCACCAAGGAGCCCGUGACGGUGCAGGAGAUUCUGCAGCGGCCUCGGCUCCAGCUGCCCAGGCACCUGCGCCAGACCAUCCAGAGGAAGGUCGGAGAGCCUGUGAACCUACUCAUCCCUUUCCAGGGCAAGCCCCGGCCUCAGGUGAGCUGGACCAAAGAGGGGCAGCCGCUGUCUGGCGAGGAAGUGAGCAUUCGCAACAGCCCCACCGAUACCAUCCUGUUCAUCCGGGCUGCACACCGUGCCCACUCAGGCACCUACCAGGUGGCCGUGCGCAUCGAGAACAUGGAGGACAAGGCCGUGCUGGUCCUGCAGGUCAUUGACAAGCCAAGUCCCCCCCGGGACAUACGGGUGACAGAGGCGUGGGGCUUCAAUGUGGCCCUGGAGUGGAAGCCGCCCCAGGAUGAUGGCAACACAGAGAUCUUGGGCUAUACAGUUCAGAAAGCUGACAAGAAGACCAUGGAGUGGUUCACUGUCCUGGAGCAUUAUCGCCGCACCCACUGCGUGGUAUCAGAGCUUAUCAUUGGCAAUGGGUACUACUUCCGGGUCAUUAGCCAUAACAUCGUGGGACCUAGCGACACAGCUGCCACCACCAAGGAGCCCGUGUUUAUCCCUAGACCAGGCAUCACGUAUGAGCCACCUGACUACAAGGUCCUGGAUUUCUCUGAGGCCCCCAGCUUCACCCACCCUCUGGUGAACCGCUCAGUCAUCGCUGGCUACAACGCUACCCUCUCCUGUGCUGUCCGGGGGAGUCCCAAGCCCAAGAUCUCCUGGCUGAAGAACGGGUUGGACCUGGGAGAAGACGCCCGCUUCCGCAUGUUCAGCAAGCAGGGCGUGCUGACCCUGGAGAUCAGGAAGCCCUGUCCCUUUGAUGGGGGUGUGUACGUCUGCAGGGCCACCAACAUGCAAGGCGAGGCGCAGUGUGAGUGCCGCCUGGAGGUGCGAGUGCCUCAGUGACCUGACCGGUUCUCCAGGACGGCCAGGAGCCACUGGAUACCACCAAGGCACCAGGAACCUGGAAGCUGGACCAGCCACCUUCUUACUGCUGGAUAUGUGUGUGUAAACGCGUGCAUGUUUCCUUGGGAUGGUGUAGUUAGAAGCAGGCCCUGUGCAGAUGGUACCGUCAGAGCUCCUGCUGGGGACCCUUCUUUUUGGGAGCAGAGUGGGUGGGCUCAGGAAGUGGUGGCUGGGGUGAGCCUUUUUGACCUGCUCUGUCUUCUUGAUGUGGAAGGGUAAUAAACGUUGCUGCCUGCAUGGAGAA